GUAAGGUAGCCACGGGGGAGUGGGCUCGGGCGCGGAAAGGAAUCGGACAGAGAUGAGACGCCACCAAGUUUUCCUCUAGGCUAUUGAUUUCCCACUGCCGUCGUUCUGGCGGAGACGUCCCAUGUUCAGACGUUCACACCUCAAAAUCCUGCUUAUUGGGAAUUCAGGGGUGGGCAAAUCUGCCCUGAUGAACCAGUAUGUUAACAACCGCUUCAGUAGCCGCUUCAGAGCCACUAUUGGAGCAGACUUCCUCAGCAAAGAAGUGCACGUCGAUGGCCGCUCCCUGAUAGUGCAGAUCUGGGAUACAGCUGGCACAGAAAGGUUCCACGCCCUGGGGACCGCCCUUUAUCGGGGAUCCGACUGCUGCCUGCUCGUCUUUGAUGUCGCAUCUGUCUAUUCUUUUCAAGCCCUCGAGAAGUGGCACAAGCAGCUCUUGCUGCAGAUUGAGCCAGAGGAAGAACCUACUUUCCCCAUUGCCAUCAUUGGAAACAAGACUGACCUGGAGAACCGUGAGCAGGUCUCUUCAGAGGAAGCUGAAUUGUGGAGCAGGCUUCAUGAUGCUACCUACUUUGAAACCAGUGCCAAGACAGCUGCCAAUGUUCAGGAGGUGUUUGAGUGGGCCAUACGGGCUGUACUGAAGAACCGCAGGGUACCUGAAGAGCCACAGCUCAACUCUGUUCACCUAGAGACCAGGCCGCCAGAAGGGGCACAUCGGGAAAGGUGUGGUUGCUGAUGAGCCCAAAUGCAGAUGGGAAGAUUUUUUGUCACUGCGGAUGUCUGACAUGAUGCAACGAGCAAGAAUAGGAAGUCACCCCACAGCACAGUGACAAAGGUUCUGCCAACCCUGCAGCAUGUCACUUUGGUAGCUGGAUCCCAUGCUAAGAUUUGUGGCCUUCUGGAAGAGGGACCUGGAUCGGAUGCUGGAUAGUCCUUAUCCAGACACUGGGAAAUAAAUCUCAAUCUGAUACUUUUUAGUGACAGAAAA